AUGCGGAUUCGCCUACAGCGGCGCAGUAGACCACAAGGUAAGCGACCUCAGGUAAGCCGAAUAUUGCCUUGUUGUCUUUGCCUGCUCAUCAUCUUCAUUUCAACAACGAGCUAGCUCAACGGCUAGACAACCUUCCAGUCUCUGCCGCCCCGCCGCCGCUUACGAGAACGCCUCCGCGGAGAACCGAUGGUGUUAACUGCGGGACACGGUCCAGUCGACGGCUGUGGCCGUCCUCGGUCGUGCGCGCCGUCAACACCAGGACUGGUUCGACGACAACGACGCCGCCAUCAGAAACCUACUGGCGGAGAGGAAGCGCCUGCACAAGGCCUACGUCGACAGCCCCACAGACGACAACAGAGUUGCUUUCUACCGUAGUCGUCGCCUUGUACAACAGCGACUGCGUGAGCUGUAGGACGCCUGGACGGCUCGCAAGGAUGAGGAGAUCCAAGGGUACGCGGACCGUAACGAAUGGGAGACCUUCUUCUCCGCGAUAAAAGCCGUCUUGGGUCCGCCAAACAAGGGUACCGCACCUCUUCUCAGCGCCGACGACAGUACCCUACUCACUGAGAAGACACAAAUUCCACAACGAUGGGCCGAGCACUUCCGAGGCGUUCUCAACCGUCCCUCCGCCAUCUCCGACGCCGCCAUCGCCCGUCUGCCGCAAGUGGAGACCAACGCCGACCUCGACCUCCCGCCCGCUGUCCACAAAACCAUCAGGCUCGUGCAGCAGCUCUCCAGCGGAAAAGCGUCCAGAUCGGACGCGAUCCUUGCUGAGGUCUACAAGCACGGCGGCCCCAAAUCAUGGAUCACCUGA